AUGAGCCCAUAUGAGCACACAGAAAUGCGAGUCUCUACACCGGUGCGGUCAUCACGUCCUUGGUCAAAGGCCCCACUCGUCUCCACAUCCAAACCGCAGCCCAGGGCAACAAGGGCGGCCUCCCAUGCAUGUCUACCACCGCCUGUGGUAGAAUCUGAGGACGCCAUGGAUGAUGAGGAUGUCGCUGUUGAGGCUGAUGAAGACGUCGCUAUGUCUCAUGCGGCCGAUACCGAGCAGCAGACUGAUGUCACUGCGGUGAUGCCAAGUGAGACCGUCGAUUGGCCGGCAGCCAUGGCGUCGGCGAAAGACUUUCCUGCUGACCAUUGGCAGGAGGUCACUGACAAAACCCCCAUCAUACCACCACCACCACCACCUGCUCCUGUGGCCAAACCCACCACCUCGUCAGCCGAACCGACUAUCCACGAUCGUGUGGUCUCUCUGGUGGCUAGAGUCGCUGCCAUGGAAAUGGCCAACUGCAACACCCUUGCUAGGGUGGAUGCGAUAGAGCACGACUUUGACUCCCACAUCUCCUCUAUGCGGGCCGAGUUUUCUGACGUCCAACUGAGCUUCAAUGCCACGGUGGAUGUGGUAAAUGGUCUUGCCAACAUGGUGGAGAAAAUGAGGCAGGAAUGCUCGGUCCUGAACACAUCCUUCCCACCACCAGCGAUUGGCCUGACCGGUGCUUCCACGGCCACAGACAUGGGCAUCAAAUACUUGACUGGUGUGUUUGGCCCUUCGGUUGCUCCCAAUGCUGAUUCUGUCACCAUUGGUCAACCCUCAGCAUCUUGCCCAUUCGGUCGCCCUGAUGUGCAAGGCAGCACAUUCACCAGUGGGCAACCAUCAUCUGAGUCAGUGCAGGCUGGUCCUUCAUCUGCUCCCCCCAUCCAAUGUGAUUUGAGUGUUUCAUGCCCUGCUUCUACUACUUCCUCCCUCCCUUGA